CUGGCGCUCUAUGGCGGGGGCCCCUGGGCGCGCUCUCUAUGGUCGCGGCCCGCCCCCCCCGCCGGCGCCGCUUCGCUGAGGCGGGACCGGGCCGGGGCCGGGACCGGGAUCCGGCGGCUCCGGCGCUCCCCACGCGCGGCCCCGCGGGGCUCUGAGCUAUGAUGGAAGAGGUGCACAAGGGCAGCAGCAGCAGCUCCGUGACGCCGUCCCAGCCCUCGGCCGUACAAGGUACAACCCUCCAGGCAGCUCAGCUCUCUCAUAUUGCUCAACAGAUGUCUCUCCGAGGUUCUGCUCCCCUGACGGUCGUUCAGCUUCCAGGAGAGCAAGUCCAGGUGCAGGGAGUGAUCCAGACAGCCCAGUCCUCCUCGGUGAUCCACUCCCCUCAGGUGCAGACCGUGCAGGUCUCUUCCUUGUCUGAGAGUGAGGAUUCCCAGGACUCCUCAGACAGCAUUGGCUCCUCGCAGAAGGCUCGAGGCAUCUUGGCUCGUCGCCCCUCGUACCGAAAAAUUUUGAAAGAUCUUUCCUCUGAAGACACACGGGAUAGAAAAGGAGAUGAGGAAAGUCCCGGGGUCUCCACUGUCACCUCCAUGUCCGUUCCCACACCCAUCUACCAGACAAGCACUGGACAGUACAUCGCCAUCGCGGCCAACGGGCUGCAGCUGGCGGGGCCGGGCGCGGACGGGGUGCAGGGGCUGCAGACCCUGACCAUGGCCAACGCCGGCGGCUCCCAGCCCGGCCCCACCAUCCUGCAGUACGCCCAGACCUCGGACGGGCAGCAGAUCCUGGUGCCCAGCAACCAGGUGGUGGUGCAGACUGCCUCUGGAGACAUGCAGACGUACCAGAUCCGCACCACGCCCACCACGUCCUCGCUGCCCCAGACGGUGGUGAUGACGUCCCCGGUCACUCUGACGUCGCAGACGAGCAAGACGGACGACCCGCAGCUCAAACGGGAGAUCCGGCUCAUGAAGAACAGGGAAGCCGCCCGGGAAUGCCGCAGGAAGAAGAAGGAGUACGUGAAAUGUCUGGAAAAUCGAGUGGCAGUCCUGGAAAACCAGAACAAAACUCUAAUUGAAGAACUAAAAACUUUGAAAGAUCUUUACUGUCAUAAAAGUGUGUAAGAAAAGAAGGUAAAAACCUUUGGGGACUGGUGAAAUUUCAGAGGAGAAGUUUUUUUUUUUUUUAUACUGAAUUUUUUUAAACUAGAUGAAAGGUCAAAAAUGAAACUUUUCUACCUAGAUUUCACAGCUCAAAGACUCUAUAGAUUUUAUUUUACAACGUGUUGGUGACAAAGUACAAAAAAGGAAACAAGAAAACCUCACCAAAAUUCCUGCUGGCACAACUGGAAACUGAUAAAAGUCAAGAUUGCAGCUGCAGUGGAAGGACAGUCACGUGUGACGAGGCAGGUGAUGAGAGUUUCUUUGAGAAUUCCUACCAAUACCUCUGAUAAUGGAGGCAAAAUUUGGUUCCAGUGAAAACGUGGAUGAAAUGGAAUCCUUGCCAUAGCUGACAUUAUUAGUAACAUUUAUAACCAGUGUAUGUUUUGAUUUCUUACUCUUUUUCAAUCCUUUUUCCUUCAGUUACUUGUCUGUAAAUAUUUUUAUUUUAACCUGUAAGUUGGUAUUUACAGGUGCAGGUGAUAACUUUGCUCGAGGUAUAAAUUAUGUUUUUCCUCUUUCUCAGAUGGCAGUUGAAAAAAGUUGGGAUGAUUUUUAUCCAUGUUUGCUGUGUUUUAUCAGAUUUGGGAAAAGGAGCUGCAGAAGGCAGCGAGAGGCCUGGGCCUGGAAAUGUCUGAGGCACAGGAAACUGUGCUGAUUUUCCCCAGACAAUUCAACACAUCCCUGAUUUUUAAAGCACAGUGUAGUGGGACAGGGACUGAUGACAAAAGUCCUGAAGAAUUUCUGAAAUUUAAAACUUCUGGAAGUUUAAUGUCACAGGAGGUUUGUUCUUAGUUCUGGGCAAUAUGAGAAACAUCAAUCACUGAAAAUUAAAUUGUGUUACAAUUAAACACUCAGUGGCUGGGGAUUCUCCUGGGCUUUGGAACAUGAAACCAAAUAGAAGAGAAAGGAUGCAGUAAAAAAUGGAAGAUCUAUACCAAAGGGUUACGAGGUUCUAGUUUCUGGGUUAUUGCUGGAAGUAGUGCAAAAUUACCAUUUUCAGCCUAAUUUUGUAAGGUAGGAACUAUUUUGCCAAGUGACGGUGUCUUUGUAAGCAAAUAUUCUAUUGCAAACAGGGAGAUGGUUGGUAUAUUUUGUAGCUAAAUUGUGAUCUUUACAAAACCUGAAAUUGAGUUUCUAUACGUAUUUUGACAGUUUAUAUAUUUCAUUUUAGUAACCAAAUGAAAUAUUUUGUGAACCAGAUUUUCAAGGAUAUAUUUUUAUGGAUAGUACAAAGUCAAAUGAGAUUCCUCUUUGGUGUAGGAGAUAUUUGAAUUAAUUUUGUAUGUCUGUGGGCAACCUGCAAAAAAAAAAUGGAUCCUAAAGAGUAUUGGGGGGGAAAAAAAAAGAAUAAAUAAUAAAGAAAUCAGGGCUUUUUACUCCCCACAGUUGAGAGUAUCUGCACAUUAGAUCUGAUUGUGUCAGAGGGUUCAGUUUGUACACUUUUAAUUUGUUUCAGGUGAAAAUUAAGUGUUUGACGUGAUCAGGACUCUUUUGGGUGGGGAAUCUCCGUUCUUGGAGAUCCCCAGAGCCGUCUGGGGAGGACGUGGACCUGGGCAGGUUGUGGGCUUGGGCAGGAUGUGACCCUGGGCAUUUUGUGACCCUGGGUAGGUUCUGACCCUGGGCAGGAUGUGACCCUGGGCAGGUUGUGGGCUUGGGCAGGAUGUGACCCUGGGUAGGUUGUGACCCUGGGCAGGCUGUGACCCUGGGCAGGCUGUGACCCCGGGCAGGCUGUGACCCCGGGCAGGUUGUGACCCUGGGUAGGUUGUGACCCUGGGUAGGUUGUGACCCUGGGCAGGCUGUGACCCUGGGCAGGUUGUGACCCUGGGCAGGCUGUGACCCUGGGCAGGCUGUGACCCUGGGCAGGCUGUGACCCUGGGCAGGUUGUGACCCUGGGCAGGUUGUGACCCCGGGCAGGCUGUGACCCUGGGCAGGUGCUGUAGGUGACCCCCCUGAGCAGGGGGUGGGACAGGAGGACCCCCAGAGUCCCAUCCCCCCAGUCCCAUUCCAGGAGGGCUCUGGGAACGCUCCCACCGUGUCUGCAGCGCUUUUGCAUGAGUAACAACCCCCCAUUUCCAUAGCUGGGAUCGAAUCCCAAUCCUGCUUCCAGUUCUGUCAGCGGGAAUUGCACUGUGGGCUGUGCUGUCCCCAGGGGUUGGAGCUCCCUGUGUGUCGUGCUCGCUCGGAUCCGGGUGGAAUUCCAAGCUCUGCUCCCUCCCUGGAUGUGUGAUGCUUAUCCCAUGGUCAGUCAGGAUUUUUGAUUUUACUCCUUUGGGAAUGAAUGGACUUGUAGCAAGCAGAGCUCUCUGCCAUGAGGAGUCUGCAUUCCACGAUCUCCUGGUUAGUGGGUCAUAAAAGGGUGUUUUUUCCUGCAGUUUCUAAAUCUCUGGUUGUUCUGGACACGAGUCCUGAGGCGUUUCCCUUAGGCCAGGCUGGAGUUGACUCCUGGUUGCCACCCUGCCAGAAAAGAGCUUUUUGGCACAUCAGAAACGAGGUUGGGAAAGUCCUGACCUGAGGGAGCUGCUCCUGGAGAGGUGUCAGUGCCUCCUGUUUCUUUGGUGGAAUCUCAGGACAAACGAACAGCCCGGAGUGUGAACCUCAGAGAUCUGGACCUUUCCCCUCAGGUGUGUGUGUGUUACCUGGAAUGUGUGAGAGAGGCUUUGACCUGCAGUUCUGAACUGCUUUGGGAACUCUGUGGUAGCUGAUCCUCACUGGGUAUUCUCCUUUUCCUCUUGUAAUAUGGAAUAAUAAUAAACAAAACCUAUCAAAUGUUGAGGCUGUAGAACCGUGGUGGCCAGUUCUUUGUGUGUCCAACACCUGCCCUGCUGCCAGACACACCAGGAGUCAAGUUUUAUCCUCUUUUAAAACAGUGUGUUGGAAAGAGCAGCUGAUUUUUCAUCAUGGGAAUAUUAAACAGUAACACGAGUUUCGCUCUUUAAUCACUGACCAUGAAGUUCUUAAUUUGGAUUUACUUUAAAAUCUCGAUUGUAAAGAGUAAAGUCUCACUCCUGAGGGUAAGAGGUGCAGCACCCAGUGCUGCUCUGCUGGUUGGUUCCAAACAGUCCGUGCUUUCCAUGAUUUGUAAAUAUUUGUUGAAACAAUUAAUGGUUGCAAAUUUUGACCUUGGUAAAUAAAGUCGCCAAAAUAUUAUAA